UUACAGCAGCAUUUACUGGCCAGGAGCAGCAAGAGGCAGCAUUUCUCUUGUCGGCUAAGCCAUGAUAUUCCUGUCACAUUUUGGUCGAGUCAUUUUAAGAAAAGCCCAAUAAGCCAGGGGAGGGAAGAAUGAAGAGAGAAGAACAAGACGAGGCGGAUUGCUUGUUUAUGCUGCUGCAUCCGUCCUGGUGUUGCUGAGGAGGGGAAUGUGUGAAUGACUGAGGCAGCAAAGCAGCUGAGUGAGACUAACAAGUGGUUGCCAUGCAGCAGGAGCAAGCGUGCGUGCUUCUGGAGGGAGAGAUAGAGAAACAGAAUGAUAAUGAGUAGGAGGCAGCAAGUAAGGGAGCAUGAGGAGAGGAGCUGUAUCUCCGAGAAGAGACACAUAUCAUAGCUUGAUCCAGCCUUUCCCUCGCUCCGUUUCUCUCUUUAUCUCUAGCUUUUUGUUUAGAUGAGAGGUUAGCCUGGCACAUCCAGAAUGUCAGCAAUGGAUGGAUUAAUGGAUAUAUGUCUGAGGAAUCCAAGAAUGAAGAGUUGUUUGCAAGAAACAGCAGCAACAGGUCUGUGAGGAUGGAACGAUAAUGGCGGUAACAUGCAGGCUUCUAAAUGCCUGACCCUAUCAGAGGAGAGAUGAGGCACCUAGAUGUUGGUUUACCAUGUGUAGCGUCCACUACAACCACUCCCUUGCUGCCAUGAGCGGAAACGACAUGAUGGCGCAUUCUCUGACUCUGGAGCAAAAGACAGCAUUUGCCUUCGUGGGGAUGCUGCUGGUGUUCCUGGGGUUGCUGAUAGUAAGGUGUUUCAAGAUCCUGCUGGACCCCUACAGCAGUAUGCCUUCCUCCAACUGGGCUGAUGGCAUCGAGGGGCUGGAGAAAGGGACAUUUGAGUACGCUCUUACUUAACACAGGGACACACACAACCAUAGAUGUCCUCAUAAACAUAAAUGCCUCUAGACACACAUAUACAUACACAAGGACACAAAUACACUUGCACACAUGCAAACACACAGAAGCCACAGCCCUGCAUAACAAUUGCACCUGACACACCACUAAGACAUCUCUCUGUGAAGGACCCAACUAAGAGACUGAAGCUGUGUAUGUUGUUCAAUGUGUGUGCACUUUAGUUCAGAGCCAGUGUGGAGUCUUUCUACUGUAUGUGACUACAUGUCUGUUGUUGUGUGCGUCUGAGCGAGUGUGAUACAGAUGCUGUGUCAUAUUCUUUGCCCUUCUGCUAGGGGGUGUGCAUUUCAGCUCAUUGAUUAACAAAGAAAUAGCUGAAGCUCCCUUUAACCCAUACCUACAAGUUGAAUGUCUGUAGAUGACAGGAGGUGGAUGCUUGUGGGACAGGGUGGGGAGGGUGCAGUGGCAUUAUUCAGAUGUAGUUUGAAGACUCAGGGAUAAGAAUCCUUAGGUGAACUCAGAAUGGAAAACAGAGUGGUUGCACUUCUCACAGCAGAGUUGUUCUGCACAUGAAUGUAUAUGGUUGGAUACAGGGUAUUAUGUCAAGUUAAUGCUAUGUCGACUAAUCAAGUCCAAUCUGUUGGUGAUCCAAAGGAAUGCUGCUGCUGCUGCUGCUGCUGCUGCUGCUGCUGCUGCUGUUGUGUCUGUACAGACCGGUCCUUUUCACGGUAUCAUGCAAUGAAAGUCAACUGAACAAACUGUGAUUUAAAUUAUGGUGUUACUGUUUCUAAAUGAUGCAAAAACAACUCGGAGUUUGUACUGCUGCUGUCUUUGAGUGAUGGUACUGUAUGUUGCCACAAUUACAUGUCUGAAUGAAGGAAACUGUUUACGUUUUGACACUAUGUCUGCAAAGACAUAUAAUGAUGUUGAUUUAUGGACUGUCAAUUGUACCGUCUGUUAUGCAUUCUGUUUAAAGGUUGGCUGAUGCGAUCAAGCCAAAGAACUUUUAAGGGAAAUAAGGAUUGGAAACUAGAAUGGACUCUCGCUCAGCACUGCUAGUUUUCUAAUGACAAGGAUAAACUCUUGCUACCUGUCUGCAGAGGAAAAGGUCACAAGGAAAACAGGGGUGGGAUGUCUGUCAGCACUGGCCAUGACAUCUUUUUCCUCCUAUUCUCAGCCAUCCUCACCCUUUCUCACCUGCUCUCUUCCUUCCAGACAGAGGAAGACAGGACAGUCCUAAACAGAGAUUCUGUAAUACGGCAGACUAGUCAAAGUCUCUGAGUGUUUGUUUGUUAAUUUCUACGGUCUACGGUUUCUCCUUAGUGCUGUUAAUCUGCCUUACUGUGACCUUCAAUGGGUUUAUGUGCCUUCAUCUAGAAACAUUAGAGCACCUGUUUGUGUGUGUACAUGUGUGUGUGCAGGCACACGCGUGUGGCAUAUCAUGACAGAUGCAGUGCGUCUCCUGACCUGUUGCUUGCUCAGCUGGUGGUAGAGAUUUCUCAUUGAUAAAUUUGAUCCAAUGAUGUGAAAUACUUAAAA